GUUAUCCCUGUUUUGACAGUGCAAUUUUCUGAAUUUAGUUUUGUAUUAUAAAACAAUGUGACUGUAAAUGAAAUGAAGUCUUCAUGACCGCCAUUGCAUGAUUUUCUAUUUUGACAGUGUGUUUCUUAUUGAAGCAGGCCUAAUGGAAGACCAUCAAUCAGGUGAUCUGCCAAGGAAGUGGAGGACCGUAGCCCAGCCGUCAAACCCAAGAUCCAUGUCUGUCCUCCCUUAGCCAGGCAACUCCCACCAGCCCAGCACAUGUCUCCAUACCAAAAGCAGGACACCCCACCAUCCUAACACCAGAGCUUAUCCCAGGAGACCCCAUACAGCUAUGGCUCCAUCCUCCCAGCAGCCUCCACUCAACACCAGACAGGUCCGACCUCCAAAAACGGCUCCAACAACCAGGCAGGUCCAGCAGCCAAUGACGGCUCCAAAAACCAGGCAGGUCCGGCAGCCAAUGACGGCUCCAAAAAUCAGGCAGGUCCGGCAGCCAAAGACGGCUACCACAACAAUUCCGGUCCGGCAGCCAAAUACGGCUCCCACAACAAGGCAGGUCUGGCAACCAAAUACGGCUCCCACAACAAGGCAGGUCCGGCAACCAAAUACGGCUCCCACAACAAGGCAGGUCCGGCAACUAAAGACGGCUCCAACAACCAAAAACAUAUCUAAAACCCAGAACCAGAGGGCUUCCAGUGCCCAUAAGGUUAAAUGCCCUAAAUCCUCCUGUGCCCAGCAGAAGCAGCCCAGAGUACCCAAGCCUGGGGGCUCUGUCCAACCUGUGACCAAUAAUGUCAAGCCCCAACUGAGAUCCCAGCCCCAGAGACCAUAUACACGGUCCCAGCACAGACACCAGCCACAGGCCCAGUGUCCACAGCCCUAUUCCAUCAAAACUCGAUCCUCCACCCGAAGCUCAGCUAAGACUCCCAACUGCCCUUCAACCAAACCUAAGCCUUCCAUUCCACCUAAAUCUAAUUCGCCCAAAACUGCCAACCUCAUUUCCCGGCACAACGCCUGGAACAUGCCCCCAUGACACCACCCCCAGUCCUAUGAGAACAUUAUGAUCUGUGAUCACUUCCUGCUGGGGUACUGCCGCAAGAGGGAGAGGUGCCACCUGUACCACACGCAGUACCCCUUCCACUGGCAGCUGAAGAGGACUGACACCCCGGUGUGGGUCAGCCUGGAACCCAGCUGAAAGCAGAACGUUGGUUCUGUGACCCGGAUAAGGAAAGGGUCUACCUGACACAUGGGUGAGUGAGUGGCACGAGGUAGAUGUUGCCUUCCUCCACAGAUCUUCAGAUGACCCUGGCCUAUAUCCCGAUUUCUAACCAUGAGAAAAUGUCUGGCCCUGUAUCAAUGGUAAGGGGCAACUUCUACCUUAUCAGAGUGGGUAUAGUUAACAGACCAGGGCUAAUUACUUGAGGUUGGAGCUUGCAGCUUUAGGAUUAUUCCAUUGGUUCCUUUAAAAUGGGUAGCUAAAGUAUUUGACCCAGGUCUGAUGGGUAAUGGUAAUGUUAUGUGAAGUAAUGUAAGUCUUUCCUCUCUUAAUAAUCAUUCACAUUUGAAAAGAAAAGAACUACUCCCUCAGACAGCUCUUCUUCUAGGACUCUCAAGGACCAACUCUGCCUGAACUUUGUCUCACUGAUGGUGGAGAAUUCCACUGUGUACAGCCAAGUCAGGAGGCUGUCCAACACCACUGGCCCAGAGCUGAACCCUCACUUCCCAACACAGUGGCGCUUUUCUUCUGGGAAUCUGACUAUGGCUGGGAAGCCUAUGGAGAAGUGUGUCCCACCCACCAAACUCAGUUCUCCCUCUUGUGGUGUUUUUACUUCAUGUUUGGUGUGAGGAAGUGAAAGCCUACUGGCCAUCUCAAAUUUGACAAAGCCAUUUUCAUUUGUUUAGAGAAGUUCUUAGCCCUCAGUCUGUAGAUGGCUUUCCUCUCCUCCUUUCCUUGAUGACCUCUGAUGGAUGAAAUGGAUUGCUAGAACAUGUCCUGACCUUUGAAGUGACCUAUGACUCCUUUGGAGUAGAUUGACUCUAAUAACGGAUACUGGAUCAGCUAUUUAAGCAAAUGUCUACUGGUCUACAGAACUAGGGCUAGGGAAAUCUACAGAACUAGGGCUAGGGAAAUCUGUUUCUAGAUCUGUGGUUUGGGGCUGACUUCAUCCUCCUCCCCUGUACCACCUAGUUGAACCUCGAGCUCAUGCUGGACUGUCUUAGUAAGGGUCAAGACAGCUGCUGGCUGGGUAAAGACUGGGCCUGUGUAAAUCUCAAGAUGCUUACCGAGAAAAAGUUAAUCACAGACUCCACCCACCGCAUCAGAUGCAGACCCACCUUCCGCUCGCCAGACUCCCUAAGACAACACCUCAGGACACUCCCAGUUGGACAGGUAACCCUCCCCAGUCUUGAGGUGGACCCUAUGGAGAAUUUCAGCUGCCGGUACACACUGAUGUGGACCCUGAGUCCAGGGAACCCCUUUUCCAUGCUGGAGGUUCCUCCUGGGCCGCUAGUUUACAGGACGGUUCACGACCUGUUCCACAGAACCAUGCCAGAGAGCCAGGCCCAGAUCACCUUCCAUUGGGACAUGUAUAGAAUGCAGAAGAAGCACAUGGAGGACACGCAGGACAAUUGUAGCGUGGUCCUGGAGAGACACCUGUUCCAUGGAACAUGCGAGAGCGCCGCCAUGGACAUCUGCCGACAGAACUUCGACCCUCGUGUGGCRAAACCCACUAGUCAUUACGGCCGUGGCGUUUACUUCGCCCAUGAAGCUUUUCGGUCCCGCCUCUACUCCAUCAGAGGGCUGGGGGGAGACUUUACAGACUGUGGGUUCAUGUUCCUGGCUAAGGUGCUUGUGGGUAAAGCCGGUGUAGGAAAGAUUGACUAUGUCCUUCCCCCUCGACUCCCCAACCCCAAGUCAGGACGGCAUCACUACGAUUCCUGUGCGGAUCAGAAGCAUCCUACCAUAUUUGUGUUUGACAACAGCCAGUGCUACCCCUACUACCUCAUCAAGUACAAAGUCCUGGCAAUCAAUCGCAGUGCUGUGUGAAGGGCAUAUAAAACAGAACCAGGAAUGGUUUAGGAGGGCACAUUAUUUUGGAUGGAGUAUUGUUGACUUUACACUUAUUUACACUUUCACUCAAAAUUGGACAGCCAGUUACUUGCGACACUGAAAUGUACUAUAACAAUGUUCAAUUAACCAUUAGGUCAAGAGUUCAAGACUUGUGGAUUGAUUGGUUUCUUUUGUUGCCUUUUAAUUUAAGUCACUCAACAUUUAGUCUAUUUGUAGAACUAUAAUGAACACAAUGUUAGACAUGUUCUUUCUUUUGGUAAAAGGCCAUCUGUGGAAGAAAUGGAUAAAGAAGUCAAACUGUUCCUAACAGCUCAAUUUCUUCCAUCAACUCUGUUAAGUUGUCUGUGUUCAAUGAGAAGUAAAAUAAACUUUGUCUGAUACCUUGUCA